AUGGCCUUGGGGGUGGUCAGCGGCAUCACGCCAGCGAGAUUUGUUGCAUCACCUCUGCCUGAUGAUCACAGCCACAACGAAGGACAAGCAGAGAUGUCUCCAUACAUCCAGACAGGAGAAGCUGGCUCCUCUGCUACAAGUUAUUUGCCAAUGCUUGAACUCUGUAUAGAGGCUAACUUAGAGUUAACUAACACGUCAUGGAGCUUUCGUGUUGCAAAAGUAGCCAUGAUGGAUGAUGAAGAUGUGGUAAGAGAGUUAGAAGAACUCGAGAAAUUGCCAUACGAUCUGUAUUUGGACGAUGUAGACGAGUCCGUGGAGUGGCCAAGAGGACGCAAACCACAUACCCGUCGCGGCGGCGCCAGCACGCGAGGCGGCGGCGGCCCCCGCACGCGAGGCGGUCGGCGCGGGCGAGGGCGACAAUCGAUAAAUCGCAGCAGCGAGCGAGAGGCGGACAUGUUCGAGGUUGAAGGCGGCGAGUGCAAGUGGGACAUGGACGGCCAAGAGUCCGGCGGCUGCGGGGAAGACUACGCCCCCGCAGGCGGCAUAGAACGACCGCCGCCUUCCUCGUCGUACGCCACGAGUCGCGGCGGCCACCGGGGCCCGCCCGCUUUGAAACCGUUUGCCCGCAACGACGAGCACAAAGAUGGCGGCGGCGGUGGCGCCGCUGCGAACAGCGAAGAUUACCCGCCGGGAUACGCGCAUUCGCCCGCGACUCGCGGCGGCCAUCGCGGCCCGCCCUGCUACAAGCCUUUCGGCGGACGCGGCGGCGAGGACGAAGGCGGAGCGGGAGCGGGGUUCGCAGGGCGAGCGGCCGUGUACGAUCGCGGCUGGACCGCCGGGGAUGCCGACGAUGGCCCCCCUCCCGCCAACCCGCCGCCCUACACCCCCCACCGCAAGGACCCGCGACUGGCUGGUAAAGAGCAUGGACACAAGUGCUUUCACCCUUUCAAACUCUCUUCUUUUAAGUGGGAAGCUAAUCUCUCAUGGGUGCAGAUUUUGCCCAAGUUAGCUGUAGUGCGAGAACAUAGUUCAUCAAGGGAUAUGUGGCGGCCAUCUCCACCCAUGGGAAGAGAUGGCUCAAAUCGGUCAGGUGGAGAUGUGCACUCUGUGCAACAGUCCUAUGGUAUGCAGUCCUAUGAGAUGUCAGCACCUUCAAUGUAUCAAGAGGGUAACUAUAAUUCAUCUGUGCCUGCUGGUCCUCCUCCUGCGUCUUAUGAUGCAAACACAAAUAACUAUCACAGUGGAUACCAACAGUACGGAUAUGACAUUGGCAAUUAUCACAGUGGAUAUCAACAGCAGCAACAGCAGACCUAUUCAGGAGAUUAUAAUGCACAACAGAGUGGUUGGCAGGAUAACAAUAUGAUCUAUCCAGAUAUGAGCCAGCCUCCGCCAGUCUCAAUACCGUCUGCAACAUCAUCUUCAUCUGUGAACAUGCGCUCAUCGCAAGCUUCAUCCCAGCCCUGUGGAGGGCCACCUCCAGUUGAUAUUCAGAAAGCUGAAGAGGCCAAGAAAGAAGCUAUUCAACAUGAACUUAUGCAGCAGAAACAGACACUGGCCAAACAACGUGAGGAGUAUGUGAAGAAAGCCGUUGUGAUAGCACGAGAGCUGAAUCUUCUAAAGGACCAGGAAGCUGAACUUCUGCGUGAAGACUCACGUGACAGCAAGGCUACUCGAAUCCUCAAAGAGAAUCACAAACUACAGCUGGAAAUACAGAACAAGUUAAAAGCCAUCAACAACGUAAUUGAUAUGUUGACUGGCAUAAUCGGUGAUGAGAAAGACGUCGUUUUCAAGGCAGUGCAGAGAGAGGAGAGUAAAGCAGCAAAGAAGCGAGCAAAGUCGCCAUCGUCAAGCCCACCCCGUCGCUCUGCAUCGGAGUCCGAUUCGGACUCUGAUUCUUCUCCAGAACGGGAUAGUCGCAAGAGUAAAGCACAAGAUGACAGGAAAGACUCGAAGCAGUCACCAGCAGUCCCUCCUCCGCCGCCCAUAAGCCACGCGGGUUCGUCAGAUCGUCAGGUGUACAACUAUGUGUAUUAUGACCCUGAAAUGCAUUGGUGUCGUGUGUGCAAUGUAUUCCCUAGAACAGCCAAAGAGUUUUUGAAUCACUUGCACAGUUCUGAACACAAGAAGGAAACUUUGGAGCGAAAGUUGGUUGACAUGCCUUGGCAUAACAAGCAGAGCGAGGAGGAGAGUCCAUCAUACAAGAAUGCCCCAAACCGACGCACACCCAUUCGGGGAAGAUUGAAAAAAUUCUGGAGACCUGAUUUCAUGAAGCAAGGAAUGGAAGAUUUUAACAAUUCUUCAAGAUUGGCGCUGCUCACCAAGGAAGAGAAUAGCUGUGGUGCUGAAUCCUACUCUAGUAUAGUUGUAAAGGACAAGUUUGAAACAAAAUGUGUGACAUCUGGAUGUAUUGUGAUUGCAGGGCUACAGUUUUUCAUAUCGGUCACCGCGUGGUACUGCAAGCUGUGCAAUGCUUGGAUUGGUGAUCUUCAUUGUGCCUCUCUGCAUUUGAAGUCGAAGACUCAUGGUGACAAUUAUGCAAGCUUCACGGAGCAAAAUCCACACUGGGAAACUGAUUGGCUGGCUGAUCGUGAGCGUGCAUAUGAGCGGCGCUCAGAAGAUCAGAGACGACGUGGAGGUGCCGCAAGCGUGAUGCAAGGAGAGUCUAUGACAGACCAGCUUCCACUUGCACUACAUGGUUCUUCCAAGGCUGCGGCGGCAGUGGCUGAAGAGAAGAGCAGCAGUCACCACCACCGCCAUCACAAGGAGCAUCGCAAGAAGGACAAGAAGAAGAGCAAGGGUGGCGGCGAUGAGGAGGUAGCUGUGCUGGGUCCAGCGGCUGCCGCUGAUAAAAAGGCGAAGAAGAAACGCAAAAAGCAACGGAAGAAGCAGCGCAAGGGCCGGAAGCCUCGCGACUCUUCGGACAGUUCAUCGAGCUCCACAUCCACCUCGAGCUCAACAAGUAGCAGCAGUGAGGACGAGGAGGAAGAGGACGAGGAGGGUGGCGGUGGUGGCAGAUUUGUGAAGGCACGUGAUGUGUCUGCAGGGGUGACUUCAGCGACAGUGGCUGGUGGCCUGCCGUUUGAUCGCACGAAGAGCAUCCGCAUAGCCAUGCGCAGCAAGGACAAGUUGUCGAUGCUGCACCACAUAGCGGCUGUAGCUGCUGAGGGGCGCUCUGCAAGCAGCGAGGCAGCGAUUGCAGCUGCUCAGGCCAGCAAGUGGGAGUCGCCGCCACCAGCGCCACCUCCACCACAAGCAGACAGCAAGGAUCAUGAAUCGCGUGAAACUGCCAAGGAGGCCCAUGCAAAAGCCUCAUCGGCUGCUACUCAUGUAGAACUGAAAAUAUGUAGAAGUAAUCAUGAACAAACUCAAUUACACAAGUCUUUUGAAACUAAGAAAUACUCAAAUUUCAUUAACGUUAACUCUGUAUUUUAUUCAUUAGUAGACAUUAGUACAUACAAAUUACUAGUACAAAGGAAGGCCUCCUCAGCAAAUGGAGGCAUGACGCUGGUAUCGUCAGCUGAUGACGACAAGCUGCUGAAGGAGUGGGCGGCACCUCUCCGUGAUGUGGUGUCAGAGGGUGAACGCCAGUUGCUGAACAACAUCAAGGAGCGGGUCAAGCAGAAGCAAGAAGCAGAGAAGGAGCGUGACCGUGGUGCUCUGGCAGCGCAG